AGAAGAGUAGAAGAACAUAUCCUUUUGCUAGCUGCCCACGGCACACACACAAAGACAGAGAUAGACGUAUGCAUUGCAUUGCAUGCAAGGCCACACCACCCAGAGGCAUGCAUGCUAGGUGCUAGCCUAGCCUGAUUCUGCUAAACCGAUCAAUCAAACUCCUGAGACACCAUCACACACACCAGGCGGCUGGCGGUGGUGGAGGGAUUUAUCCAUGGCCGAGCUCGCGAGCGCCCUGAGCACGCUGCUGGGCGUAAUCAGCCACGAGGCGCAGAGGCUCGGACGCGUCCGGCGUGACGUGCAGUUCAUCAAGGAGGAGAUCGAGAGCAUGAGCAGCUUCCUGGAGGACCUGUCUAGGGAAAGCUGCGAGCACAACAAGCAGGUCCAAACCUGGAUGAGGCAGGUCCGGAUCCUGGCCGACGACUGCAAGAGCCGCAUCGACCUCUACCUCUACCGCGGCGACCCGAGAUUCCACCUACCCAGGGGAGGCCCCCGCCGCUACCUCUUGUGGGCUCCCUGGCAGCUGCGCAAGCUGCUCGCGCAGCACCACGCGGCAGACCAGCUAAGUGAGCUCAAGGACCGGGCCCAUGACAUCAGCAACCGCCGAUUGAGGUACGGCGUUGAGAUCAAAACGGUGGAGUCAUCAUCAUCUUCCAAGAUGGCGGAGUCAUCAUCAUCUUCGAGCGCUAGGCUCACUGAGCCAUUGUGGUUACAUGGGGAUGGUACACUAAAGGUGGCUUUGCCCAUGACUAGUAUGAAGUUGGACAAGGAAGACUACUUUAGGAGGAGGCUAGACCACUGGAUUGGAAUGGUGGUGCAGGAGUGGGCGGAACUGGCGACGGCCGGAUCAAAACCGUUACUACCAUCCAUUCUCUUUGUGGUACAAGAGACCAAGGAUGCCGAUGCUCUUGGGAGUGAAGCACUGAACGCGGCAAAAGCUUAUUUCAAGAGGGCAGAGGAUGCGCAAGAUAAGGGCAUGCCAUCGGAGACUUGUGUUCUUCCGCAUGAAGAUAAAGCUUUGCCACAAGAGAUCGAGGCCGUCAGCGCUCUUGCGCAUGAAGAUAAGUCAGCUGUGCCACCAAAGGGCAAGGACGUCAACGCUCUUUCCUCAAAGAUAAGGGAGUGCCACCAGAGACCAAGGAGGUCGUCACUCUUGUGCAUGAAGAUAAGGUGCUUAUGCCUCCGAAGAAGAAGGAUGUCGGUGCCACCGGAGACCAAGGAUGACAAGACCCUUGCACAUGAAGAUAAGGUGGAUGUGCCAUCGGAAACCAAGGGCGACGGUGGCGCUCUGGUGUAUGAAGAUAAGGCGGACGUGCAAUCGGAGACCAAGGGCGAUGGCGGCCCUCUUGUGCAUGAAGAUAAGGCAAAUGUGCCAGCGGAGACCAAGGGGGGCGGUGGCACUCUUGCGCAUGAAGAUAACGCGGAUGUGCCAUUGGAGACCAAGGGCGGCGGCAGCCCGCUUGCGCAUGAAGAUAAGGCAGAUGUGCCAUCGGAGACCAAGGGCGGUGGCGGCCCGCUUGCGCAUGAAGAUAACGCGGAUGUACCAUUAGAGACCAAGGGCAGCCAUGGCCCGUUUGGGCAUGAAGAUAAGGCGGAUAUACCAGCGGAGACCAAGGGCGAUGUUGGCGCUCUUGCGCAUGAAGAUAAGGUGGAUGCGCGAGUGGAAACAAAGGGUGACGGUGGCGCUCUUGCGCAUGAAGAUAAGGCUGAUGUGCCAACAGAGACCAAGGGCGGCCCUCUUGCACAUGAUGAUAAGGCGGAUGUGCCAUCUGAGAGCAAGGGCGACGGUGGUGAAAAUAAGGUGAAUGUGCCAGCGGAGACCAAGGGAUACGGUGCCGUUCUUGCGCAUGAAUAUAAGGCGGAUAUGACAGCAGAGACCAUGGGUGAUGGUGGUUCUCUUGAGCAUGAAGAUAAGGCGGAUGUGCCAUCGAAGACCAAGGGCAGCGGCAUGCAUGAAGAUAAGGUGGAUGUGCAAUCGGAGACCAAGGGAGACGGCAACACUCUUGCACAUGAAGAGAAGGCAGAUGUGUCACCAGAGACCAAGGACGCAGGAAAUGUCGUCUUGGUCGACGUCCCUAUGGUGCACUACACGUUUGUAAGGCUACGACCCCACAUGAUUCUCUACUACAUCCUGGCUGAGAUCAAGCGGCAGCAAGCCAUGGAUGAUCGUCCUGUUCACUUAAAAUUGGAUACUUAUUUUCAAAGAAAGGAGACGAUGGGUGAAAUUAAGAAAAAGAUAGAAACAAUGAGUGUUGACAACAAAAUUGAAGCCAUCAAAGAAGAAAUUCUCAAACUUCAAGUUUCAAGGUCGGAGUUGUCAGAGCUGCAAAAAUUACACAUUGGCGGAAAAACUUUGGCAGACAAUAUCAGCGGUAAAACACUGGGCCAACUCUUGUGGGUGCUCAUCUACCAAUCAACUAGUCCUGCUGCAUCUGAACAAGGCAAAAAGAUCAAAUCCAUGGUAGCACAAUCGUACGAUGUCAUCAUCAAGCAAACAGCCAAGGAACUUCAAUUGAAAAUAGAACUUGAAGAAAAAUUAGAAUAUGAAGACAUCCUGUGGAAGGUGUUCCCAAAUUCGAUCACGACGACUGCCAAUAGUACUCCUAGAACAAUGGUGGAUGAUAUCAUCAAAGAUAUGGUAAAAAAAGAGGUUAAGGAGAUGCUGCCAGAGCUGCAGGAAUUAGGCAUGCCUGACAGUAACCGAGAAGCAGGCAGUGAAGGAGCUCAAAAGACCCCAGAAAUUGAUUUUGUAGGGAGCACAGAGAACAUGAUGGAAGAAAUCAAAAUGAAGAUCACGGAGCAGAUCAAGGUCAAAAUGGUCGUGCAAAAGAUCCAAGAAUGUUUGAGAGGUAAUCAAAAGAUCCUGCUCAUCCUCAAAGUUUAUGACAAGUAUGUACCCCAAUGGGAGGAGACCAGAAACAGUUUGAGCCUGUUGGGGCUGGAGUGCCCCAUCGCCGGUGCUGUGAUUGUGGCCAAGAUCACUCGAGAGGACAACAUGCAAUAUUUUGGCUGUCCAGGGUCGGAGCUCAUAGAAUAUUCUCCUGUUGGCCUCUACUUUGAUACCGUGCUACAGGUUACAAGCCAGUAUAUGAAUGAUCAAAAUAGCCACCAGGUUCUUCGCGACAUCUUGUGGGAGUGCAAGCAAGAUGAAUUCUGCAUGAAGAUCUUUGCUCAUGCAUUCUACGCCAAACCCAACAGGAGCACUGAAGAGUUGAGAAAAUUGCACUACACCAUUCGUUCCAGUCCCACACACACAUUGCCGAGUAUCAUGUUGAAGUUCUCCUACAGGGAGCUACCUAAAGAGUACAUGUCUUGUUUGUUGUACCUCGCUAUCUUCCCUCAAGGACAAACCAUCAGGCGGUCAACCUUGAUAGGACGAUGGGUUGCAGAAAGGCUGAUAACCACCAAAGACUGGCGCUGGUCCUCUUCAGUGUAUGAAGCUGAGAAAUGUUUUGAUACGCUUGUUGACCGGUACCUUGUUUGUCCUGUUGGCAUUGGUGCUACUGGAAAGGUCAAGAGCUGCACAGUGCAUAAGCUAGUUUAUGGAUUCAUUACCAAGAUCGCCAUGCAGCAGCACAUUCUGGAGACACGGUUGUCACAUCACUUGGCUUGUCACUUCUCCGUAUUCAGCGAUGUCCGCCUCCGCAGCUCAGAAACAAUCGAGGAUUUCUUUAAAAAGUCAUCUCAGUUCUACAAGCUCAAGGUGGUAGAUCUAGAAGGCUGUCAUUGCUUCCAACAGAAGAACAAGUUCUACCUGAGGGACAUAUGCAAGAACAUACUGAUGCUCAAGUAUCUCAGCUUAAGGAGAACGGAUGUUACCAGGCUGCCCAGUGAAAUCAACAAUCUUCAAGAGUUGGAGGUAUUGGAUAUCCGCGAGACCAAGAUUCCUGCAUCAGCAACAAGAAAUAUCCUGCUCCGAAUGCUGAAGCUUCUGUUGGUUGGUCAUGUUGAUUCAAGUCCAAGAAGUCCUGACUUCCCCAGUGUCCAGAUGCAUGAGAAGAUUCAAAAAAUGGAACAUGUGGAGGUACCAUGCAAUGUCAAGCUUCAGAAUGGUCUGCAGCGUCUGUUGUCUAGUCAUGUUGAUUCAAGUCAUGCCGACUACUCCAGUGUGCAGAUCCCUGUGAAGAUUGAAAAAAUGAAGGGUGUGGAAGUAUUGUCCAAUGUGAAGCCGAAGAAUCAUAGAGACUUGGUAAACAUUGGAACUCUAAAUAACCUGAAGAAGCUCGGUGUGGCUAUCAACAAGGAGAGUUACCUCAAGCCAUUGCUUAAUGCAAUCAGUGACCUCCUAAACCACUCCCUCCGUUUUCUGUCAAUUACUCUUGACAUAAGCAUACACAAGGACCCUGCAGCAGAGCUGAGUCUAGAAAACAAACCCAAGUAUCUUGAGAGCCUAACUAUCAAUGGAAGCAAAAAGUGCCCCGAGGAUAUCAAAAGCACUAGCACACAAAUGGGGAAGCUACUUAAAUCAUUGACCGAAUAUGGAAAUCAACUCGCCAUUGUAAAUAUAAGUUGCACUUUUCUAAGCCAGGAAAAUCUCAAGGUCCUUGGAAAGCUUGAGAACUUACGCUGUGUCAAGCUUCGACACAGUGCGUACAAUGAGAGCAAGCUCACUUUCAAUAAGGGAGAAUUCGAAAAUCUCAACAAAUUUCUUGUCGAGGGAAACAACAUGGCUGAAAUCACAUUUGAUAAUGGAGCAGCUAGUAACCUCGAGAAGAUCGUUUUGUCCUCCACCGACAUAGUCUCUAUCAGUGGAGUCAACUGCCUUCAAAAACUGGAGGAGCUUGAGUUGAAGGGCAUCAAUGACAAGGACAUGGUGAAUUCAUUAUUUGACAAAGUCAAACACAUAGGCAAGGUGACUCUUCGUGAUACAAUGCUGGAGCAAGGUGAUCUAAAAAUCCUCGCCGGCAACAAUAAGAUGUGCUCCCUAGUGCUCCUGGGGAAGUUUUAUAAUGGCAGUCAUGUUAUCUUCGAAGAUGAAUUCCAGAAGCUCAACCUUCUUAUUGUUGACUCCUCUGAGUCUGACAUCACCGAGAUAAGCUUUACCAACAGGUCUCCUAAUCUUGAGAAGAUGGUCUGGUCAUUCAAGGAAAUUGUUUCUCUGUCCGGAAUCGACAAGCUUCCUGCAUUAAAGGAGCUGGAAUUGAAAGGUGGUGACAGUGUCCCUAAUAAGUUGAAAGAAGACAUUAAAAAACAAAAGAUUAGGCUUGACUAUAAACCCAGGGAUAGGCCAUAAAAAUAAGAAGAAGAAAAAAGAGAAGCAGAUGGUGCAAGAUGCCCAUCCUUGGGGAAGGCGAAGAACUGGUGCUGGAGGAACUGAAGGGCUUCCCGUUACUUCGUCCAUUCAUCGUCAAUUCCUGCAAUGGUAUGUGUUUGUGUGUGCUCGUGUGAUUUGCCAUUGUGUGUUUCCAUCUACUGAGUGUGCAUUUGUGUCCUGCUUGUGCCGAGUGAUUUAAGUGGUGUGGGUGUAUCCAGUUACUUGUCCUGACCUGCAUGUGUGGCUUGUCAUUGUGGUCGAGCAUAAUGGUUGUGCAUAUGCUCACGGGUCUGGAUUUGUGUGGCUUUCCUCUGGACAAAAUGGUUCCAUGUAAUAAGUGUG